AUGGCAAAUGACCAGAAUGGUUUUGACGGGCUGUCGGACAGAGUUGCGGCACAACGCGAAGGGCUGCACAUGGACAGGUUGCAUGACAGUACUCACUCGGGACGGGACAACAAUCAGGACGGUAGGCAUGGAACAACGCAGAUGGUGGAUGAUACGGCACCAGGCUCCGCGCAAGAUUACGUUACUGUGUUCCUUCGGGAAGAUCUGACUACGCCGGCUGAGCUCAACAGAACAUUGGACGGAAAUCAAGAUGCAAGGCGGGACGAGCUAUCCGAUGACACCAAUGCGGAAAGCAUCUAUCAAGAAAGAAAUGAGGGAGGGGGUAACGGGGGAGAACACGUUGAGCCAGCUUUGAUGGAUGGCGGCGACGCCGAGGUGCUGCUCGCCACGAGCACCACGGCCGAUGGGACUCCAAAUAUGGACACGACGACCAUGCCAGGUGUCGACAUGGGCACGGAGCCCAUUGUCGCAUCUAAGGGGGGUAGUCCCGGUGCAUUAUCAUUUAUAAGCAAUGAGAACGGCGGACAGCCGACCUCUGAGCCACAUUCAGACGGUGGCGAUGAUGCACAAUCCAACACUGGUAGCCAUGAGACGACUUCUCAGCCUGGGUCAUCAGUUUGCACGCAUGCGGACGUCAAUACCCUUUCUUGGACUUGGAGCCUAAUUCUAUAUGCAUCAUCUGGUGUUCGCACCAAGUGCAACGCCUGUGGUGAGGAACAAACUAAGGCGGAGUUGUCCAGCCUGCUGAAGGAAAGCGAAGAAGGAGGAGCCAAGUUGAAUUGGGAACAUAUCUCGAAUUUGCGUUGGGUGCCAGGCGCUGGGUGGUCGUGGAGCUUUUAG